AUGGUUGACAGGAAUGGAAAUGCUGGCGGGAAUACCGUGAAAAUGUCUCUUCCUUCUUUGCUGGGCGCAGGUUUGGCUGAUCACAGAGCUGAGAUUUGUGUACCUGGUGACACCGUCGGGGCUGUUGCCUUAGACGCUGCGGGAGACGUGGCGUGCGGUACCAGCACCGGGGGCAUCGUUGGGAAGCGCCCGGGGAGAGUGGGUGACUCACCCCUGGUGGGCUGUGGUGGCUAUGCCAACCGCUACGGCGCGGUGUCGGCCACCGGGCAUGGCGAGGCCAUCACGAGAGUGACCUUGUCACGCUUGGCGCUGAUGCGAUUGGAGCUCGUAGAGAAGGACUCUGUCUCCGGCGCCGCCUUUGGCACGACACCCACCCGCAGCAAGUGCUGCUGGGCGGCGAAUGGGGCGCUGGAGGAAAUGGCUGCGGCGCCACAGUCAGGAUCAGGCGGGCUUCUCCUCCUCUCGCGACUGGGCGAAGUAGCUGUGAGUUUCACCACGAAGCGCAUGGUUUGGGCCUCUAUGGAAGGACAUGAAGGCGUUGAUGGGGAGCUUCAGAGUGGUAUUGAUUGCGGCUACUGGUCCUGUCGCGUCGCGAAAAAAAAACACGGCCCGCUACUGGUCUCUUGGACCAGGUUGCAAAGGCUGCGUGGAUUGAAAUGCCAGUAA